AUCGAUUAAUCGAUUGUUGUAUGCAUGAAUUUGAACAUACCAACAUUCACUCAUUUUGGUGAAAAAUCAAAUGAAUCAAUAUGUCAUAUCAUUCAGAUCAUGAUUAUGAUGCAAUUGAAGUAUAUAAUGAUGAUACCGACAGUUAUGACGAAGAAGAUGAAGAUAUGGCUGAGAUGACCGAUGAACUCAGUAAUACUUCCGAAGAGAUCGAUGACAACGACAACGAAGAUGAUGAUUUUGAUGAUGAUUCGUCUGUCGAAAUAAUUGAAAAUGAAACAACUUCAAAUCAGCAAUCAUCAAAUCCUGUUCUCUCUAAUUCAGCGGUCAACAAUGAAGCAAGCUUGCCAAUUUCAAAUUCUCAUGUUAUUCCAAAUGCUGAAAACAAUGAUCUCUUAGAUUCCGAAACCGAUUGUUGUAUUAUAUGUGGCGAUCAAUACACGAAUAGUGAUACUCAUCAUAUUGUUACACUUCGUUGUGGUCAUUUGUUUGGAAAAAGUUGUAUUGAACGAUGGCUAUCACCAGAGCUACGUAAUCAACGUUGUCCUACAUGUAGCAGAACUGCUCGUCGCCGUGAAAUCAUAAAAAUCUAUGCACAAAAUUUGAGGCCUUUGGAUACUUGGAAACUGGAUGAAAGUAUCAAAAAAAUUGAAUGUUAUAAAAAACAAAUAGAACAAAUGGGAGCUGAGAUUAAAAAACUUAACGAAUGUAAUAAACAAUUGACCAUCGAAAAUGAUUUUCUCAAAGCUAAAUUAAUUAACAGUCAUGAUAAAAGUGGAGGGAAAACCGAUAUCAAUCGUUUCAAGUCAUCCACCAUAUCAUCUAACUCAUCAAAACGGUCUAAAGCAUUUCAAAUUUCUCAUCUGAAAGAUAUUACUUUUUCAGAAAAAGGUUCCCGGUAUCUUUGCUACAGUCAUAUUUCUGAUCAAUUGGUGGUCAACAUUUUGAACUCAAAUAUAGCGCCUAAUGCCAUGUUUCCUGGAUUUGGUGUCAGAAUGCUCAAUUUAGAAAAUAACACUAACGAAGCUUUUUUCUUACAUACAAAAGUUAUGAAAGGAAUGGUUCUCAAUUCUUCCGAAGGAACACUGGUAACAAUUUCAUUAGACAAAACAAUGAAACAUUCUUCUAUAUUCAACAAAGCAGUCAUCGACAACAUCCAAUUAACAAAUGAGCCAUGGAGUGUGGCCAAAAUGCCUGACAAUAAUCUAUCUUGUGUUGGUUAUCGAAAUAGUAUAAUCGAUGUGUACGAUCGUCGUCAUACAAGUGAACCAGCAUUUACUUUUACACCAACAUCGGUUGACAUCCCAACACCGGUAGCUUCAAUGUCAGUUAUUGAAUAUUCACACAAUCAUCAACGAAAAACAGCACUUCUAUCAAUGCAUUUAGAUUCAUUUUGGUUAUAUUUUUCCAGAGAUAAUCUUAUCACCAAUAAUUACGAAUGUUUCAAAUUGCCAAUGCAAGGCAAAACAUUGUCCUGUGAUUUUGACAAGAAAAGUGGCUAUACAUUGAUAUCUUUUCGACCAUCUCAAAAACAUCAACGAACAACUCAUUAUAUUUUAGAUUUUGAAUAUGACGACCAAUCAUCGAAUAUUGUUCCUCAUAUAAUAAAUAUCCUGGAAAGUGGUAAUCAACAAGUUCAACUAUCACAAUCCCGAAUUUUCACCAAUUUAAAUGAUGAUGAUUCAAUUUUGAUUUGCGCUCCAGAUGAUAAUUCACAAGGAGCUAUGAUUUGGGAUUAUAAAAAGCGUUUCACUCAACCAAUCAGAACCAAUAUGAUGAUCUAUGAUUUUGGCCUAAUAUCAAGACAUCAUUCAAGUCCUCGCGGUUUAUUUUCUUGUUUAGGCGAAUACACAAUCAAACUGUACAAACUGUAAAAAUCAUAUGGCUUUCUAAUUUUAUUAAAUAUUAUUAAAU